AAACCGUAACAACAUCCAUUCUGAAGUGAUAUUUAGAUCCACUGAAGAUGCAGCAGAGGAUGGUGUAUUUUCAGCAAGGGCUGUUGUCCAGACUCUUAUGCAUGCCUUCUGUGCUAACAGCUCAACUUCUGAAGCAAGAUGACUUGUAAAAGUCAGUGUAUGGAGAUUUCAUUAAAGCUAUUGUCUGAGAGAAAUAUGUAUCUACAAUGAACACUUGCCCUGAAGGAGAGGUUGUGAACUCUCUCACAAGAACAAUACUUAAACAAUCCUUAACUGGAACCAGACAUAAGAUACUGCAUCAGAAUGUAUGUUAAUCCUAGAAGACUUAGAAAAUGCCAAUUUGUGCAACUACUUGCCACUUGCUUUGUACUAUGUCUCAUGAUUUUUUGGGGACCACUUGAUGACAGUACUAUUGUGAGCCACAUGAAAUCUUAUUCAUAUAGAUACCUCAUAAAUAGCUACUCUUUUGUGAAUGAAAGUCUGUCUCUUAGAGACAACUUGGAUAGAGUAGCUGGCUAUCAAUACUUGAUCAACCACAGGGAGAAAUGUCAACGGCAAGAUGUUCUCCUUCUGCUGUUUGUGAAGUCUUCACCUGAAAACCGCCACCGGAGAGAUGCAAUUCGACAAACAUGGGGCAAUGAACAAUAUGUUCAUCACUAUCUUAAGGCCAACAUAAAGACCCUAUUUGUUUUAGGGCAGCCAAGAGACCUUACACAAAGAGACCAAAUCCAAAAGAGGCUUCAGAUGGAAGACAAGAUGUAUGGGGAUCUGAUUCAACAAGACUUCUUGGAUACAUUUUACAAUCUAACCCAUAAAUUACUCAUGCAGUUCAGCUGGGUAAAUAACUUCUGCUCUCACGCCAAGUUCGUUAUGUCAGCAGAUGAUGACAUUUUUAUCCACAUGCCAAAUCUUGUUGAAUACCUCCAAAAUCUAUCACAAAUUGGUGUUCAGAAUCUUUGGGUUGGGCGUGUACAUUGUGGCUCGGCUCCCGUAAGAGAUAAGAAAAGCAAAUAUUAUGUCCCCUAUGAAAUGUAUCCAUGGCCUGCUUACCCCGAUUAUACAGCUGGAGCUGCAUAUGUAAUAUCGAGCGACGUAGCAGCUAAAGUACAUGCAGCCUCGCAGACUCUUAAUUCAAGUCUUUAUAUAGAUGAUGUUUUCAUGGGUCUCUGUGCCAACAAAAUGGGAAUUGUACCACAGAAUCAUCUAUUUUUUUCUGGGGAAGGUAAAGCUCCGUAUCAUCCUUGCAUUUACAAUAAAAUGAUGACCUCUCAUGGACAUGUAAAAGACCUUCACGAUCUUUGGAAGCAGGCUACAGAUCCAAAAGUAAAAAAAAAUUCUUCUGGGCUUUGGGGUAGAAUAUAUUGCAAAAUUGUUAACAUUAUGCUUCUCUGUAGAUUACACUAUCAGAAUACAUAUCCUUGUUUAGCUGCAUUGUCCUAAUACUUGAAUAUUAAAUAGACUUACUGAGCCAAAAGUGGAUGAGAAAUCUCAACUAUUUUCGCCAAAACAUA